AUGACCGAGUCUUCGGAAGCUUUGCCGCCACCGGCCCCGGCCCCGCCGCUGCCCGCGCCAGACCUCUCCGGCCCCGGUCCCGCCAUCCCUCUCGGCUCAGAACACAACGCCAGCCAAUCUGAUGUCUACCGUGCCCCCACCCUGGCUACCCUCGACACCCCAGAAACCAUCGAUCCUCAACUCAACGCCGAAGACCUGGCCAAGCUCCCAACACCAGAUGCCAGCGGGGAUCCAGAGGAGACCCCCGAGUCGGCUGAACCUCUCAAAGGCGACAAGAUUGAUCCCCGUUUGGUCAACCUGAUCUACUUCAAGCUCGGCGGUCGUGCAGAGCCCAAGCCCUCGCCCAUUGAUGGUGAAGGUGAAUCCAGCGACACCUCGAGUGAGGAUGAGGAUGAUGAGGACCAGGAUGUCGGCGACGAGCAACGCAACGUGCGGGAUCGUGGGCCCUCAGAGGGCCCCGAUCGCAACCGUUACCACUGCUUCGACUCAGUCUUGGGAAGUGGCUCCUUCAAAAACGUUUACCGUGCGCUUGACACGUUUGAGGCACGCGAAGUGGCCUGGAACGAGAUGAAAAUCUCCAGCGCCCAAAUGAAGAAGAAGGACGGCGAUCGCUUGCGGCAAGAAAUCAAGACACUCCGCUCCCUCAAUCAUGCCAACAUUACCGCCUUUUAUGACAGUUGGAGUUCAAAGCGCGGCCACGUCAUUUUCAUUACCGAACUCAUGACCUCGGGCACCCUCAAGCAAUACAUCACCACCCUGGGUAACAAGCUCAAGCCCAAGGUUAUCCAAUCCUGGUGCAAGCAGAUUCUGCGCGGCCUUCAGUACCUGCACACCCGCACCCCGCCCAUUAUCCACCGCGACCUCAAGUGUGACAACAUCUUCAUCAACGGAACCACCGGUGAGGUCAAGAUUGGAGACCUCGGUCUGGCUUCGGAGCAACUCCAGCCAAAGAGUAUCAUUGGUACUCCCGAAUUCAUGGCCCCGGAGAUGUACGGCAACAACUAUGACCACCGCGUUGACAUUUAUGCCUUUGGCAUGGUCGUCCUCGAAAUUCUCACCGGCGAGUACCCAUAUCACACUUUCACCAACCCAGCCCAGGUCUACAAGAUGGUUUCAGAAGGCCUCAAACCGGACAGCUUGAAAAAGUUGAAAAAGGAUUCCCCCGAAUAUCGCUUCAUUAUGUCUUGUAUCUGCCAAAACCCCGACGAACGCGCGACCAUCCCGGACUUGCUCAAGCAUGAAUUUUUGACGAGAGAUGCCAAGGACGAUAAACUGGUCAACUUUCUGAAUGCCGGUCAGCACUCGAGUACACUCGAGCUCAAGGGCGUGAACGAGGACGGCACAGCACAAAUUCUACUGGAGAAGAUCAAGGAAGGUCAGGACGAUCGUCUACAGGUCACCUUCACGCUUGACCUCAACGAAGACAUCAAGGAUGUCGUGGAUCAACUGAUGCAGAAUGAACUGAUUGUCAAAGAGGACUGUGACGUGUUGUUGACACAGAUGACCAAGCUGGUCGAGGGUGCGCGCAAGGAAUUGGCGGGCAAGAACAAGGAUGGUGUCUUGAACCGCAAGGAGCGCGACGCUGGAGCCACGCUGACUGAAUCUCUCAAUGGCACUGGUACCAACGGCGGAGCUGCCACAAGUGCCGGCACGGGCGCCACUGCUGGUGCCGGUUCGACGGCGGGCGCAGAUGGUCCUGACAAGGACUCAGGUGCUGGGGACGACGAUGAAUCUGGGGACCGUGAUGGCGACAGCACGCCUCGUGCUGGUAGUAGCUCAUCUAGCCCCAGUGUCCCGAUGCGGGAGGUUGUGCGCGACGUUGUGCGCGAGGUCGUAGAGCCCGUAUCUUGGGACCAGUUGCGACGGGCGCUGCGGCAGGCAGAGGCUAGCAUGCUGAAGGGUGGGGAUGCCAUUAGUGAGGAGGACAAGCACAAUCUUGUCGCGUCUACCUCGGCCUACUUUCAAGUCUUGCAGGCCUUUGUCAGCAAGUGCACUUCUGGGGACAUCGAAGCCCCAGUACCGCAGCUCAUGCUACAUAGCCUGGAGCCUGUUUCGGAUGAACCCAAACCACCUAUUGCCCAACGUACCCCGUCCACGAGCAGCAUCGACUCGCCCACCUCGCCAACAUCACAGGGUAGCAGCAACGGGCUUGGGACGGCAUCGGUGUCGAGUGCGGACCCGGCAGGCCAACCAGCACCCUCCUCUGUGUUGACCUCUCCGCCAGCCUCGGCCCAGCCACAGGCCCAGGCCCAAGCCCAGCCCCAGGCCCAGCCCCAGGCACAGCCCCAGGCCCAGCCCCAGGCUCAGCCUCAGGCUCAGCCUCAUGAUCAAUCUCAAUCUCAAGGCCAGGUUCAGCCUCAGUCCCAGCAGGUGCCAUCGGCACAGGCUCAAGCUCAAGCUCAACAGCACAUGCCAGCCCAGGUUGUGCCUCAACAACAGACAGAACAGCCGACACAGUCAUCCGUCCAGCCUGGUUCAGUAACUUCCGCUCCAACCCAGGCAUCUCAAAACGCCAACCACGCGGCCGUCCAGCAGGCUCCUCCAUCGCAAGUUCCUGCCGGCUAUCACGCACCGGCACCGGCAGCCAUCCCCAACGGCCACGGGGGUCCCAACACCAAUGCCGUGUAUUGGUCUGCCAAUGGCUACCCUUCUGGUUAUUAUCCACCUCCUAAUGGCCAGUUACCUGCUGGGCCCAACAGUGCGGGGAUGGGCGCAGCCCCUGCAAGCAGUGGGCAGCCAGGCAUGAUGGCUCCUCAGUAUCCCGGUGGACUUGCACCCGGGACCAUGAUGCAGCCCCUACCCCAGCAGUUGUCCACGAACCAGCCGCAUAUCCCACAGCUGCAGCCCUUGCAAGCUUCUGCUCAACAACAACAGCCGCCGCCGCUGCCGCAGCAGCAGCAGCAACAACAACAACCGCCGCAAAAGCAAUCGCAACAACCGCAAGCGCAACCACAAGCGCAACCACAACCACAACCACAAUCACAACCACAACCACAACCACAACCACAACCACAACCACAACCACAACCACAACUGCAACAACCGCAACCACAACAACAACAACACCACCACCAACAUCACCACCAACAACAGCAGCAGCAGCAGCAGCAAGCUCAGCUGGGUGCUAUGGAUGUCAAUCGCUCCAGAAGUAGCAGCUACUCGCAGACGUCUCCCGUAUUGGUCGUGAUGAUGCUGGGUCUGGCGUUGUCGUCGGGUGAAGUCAUCAACGCCAAGCCCAACGGCUCGCGCCAGCAUCACAUGACAGAGCUGGUGACGUCCAGUGGCCAGACCAUUCAAUGCACAGUGGCCUUUGCCGUGGUGGGUGGCACCAACGAGAAUUGGGAGUUUGAUCUGACCGAGGAUGACGGCGAGGUUCUGUGCACCAUCUUCCGGCCUGAGCAGGCCUCCUAUCUCUACUUUAUGUACGUCGAAAUGGAGCUGCACGGCGUCAACAGCGUGGAGGGAGCCUACGGCUAUGACAACAACGGACCUACCAACAAUGACCUGGCCAUUGAUGGCCUUGCAGGGUCUGCCUCAGUCACAAGGACGGCGGACGGUUGCAAGGCUUUGUGGGCCCGGCUCUGCGUCAUUUGCUCAAGCAGUUUGUGGCUCGUUCCCUCACAUCGCACCUGGGGUCUUGUGCGCGCUACGGCUGCAGUCAAGUCAAACGAUAACUUUGGUCAUGAGCUGUCCAAGCUGGAGCUUGUUGGCAGUGUUUGA